GAGAGGAGAAGGAGGAUGUUGGAGUGACUUGUAGUGAGUGAGUGUACAUUUACACAGUGCUGCUCGUCCCAGCGCUGAGCACAUGGGUUCUGUUAGAGCUCGUUCCCGUUGCAUUCAAAGAACUUUUCGGGGGGGGGGAGAACGCGCGGAACGGAGUUGAGAGGCUGGAUCGCGUUUGGCGAGUCCGCGGUGCCAUGUGUUGAAGAGUGGAGACGUCGCUGAAGGUUGUUUUUUUUUUUUUGGGAAAGGUGUCUCAAGGACUACGCGUGUUUCCCCACCACUGUGGACAUAGAUGUUGACUGUGGAGAGACACUCGCAGGGAUAGUUUUGUUUGGUGGAUAUUUUAAACCCACGAGCCGCCGGUGACCUCCAUGGAUCUUCUGUGUUUGUGGACACUGAGAGUGGCUGGUGUCAGUGAGUAGCACCUCUCCACAACUCCACGGGAGGAAGAAAGACACGGAAUAGACUUGGCUGUCAUUUCGGGACACAUUCCGUGUUUUUUUUUGUUUUUUUUUGUUGUUGUUGUCGUGCAGUGAAUUCGAGGAUUUGCGCGCCCGCCGUGGAUGUUUUAAUAUGCUAGUAUGGGUCCACUAGCGUUCAUCCUUGUUAGUGGAUUACUGUGUUUACAAGUCCAUGGAUCCCGUCUGCGCCAGGAGGACUCCUCACCCCGGAUUGUGGAGCACCCCUCUGACCUGAUUGUAUCCAAAGGGGAGCCCGCCACCCUCAACUGUAAAGCAGAGGGCCGGCCCACCCCGACAGUGGAGUGGUACAAGGAUGGAGAGCGCGUGGAAACGGACAAAGACGACUCGCGCUCUCACCGCAUGCUGCUGCCCACCGGCUCGCUUUUCUUCCUGCGAAUCGUUCACGGACGGCGGAGCAAACCGGACGAGGGCGCCUACGUCUGCGUGGCACGGAACUACCUGGGAGAAGCUGUGAGCCGCAACGCGUCCUUGGAAGUAGCAUUGCUGCGAGAUGACUUCAGACAGAACCCCACAGACGUGGUGGUGGCAACAGGAGAGCCAGCCAUCCUGGAGUGUGUUCCUCCCAGAGGUCACCCUGAACCCACCAUCUUCUGGAAGAAGGACAAAGUGCGGAUCGACGACAAGGACGACAGGAUCACAAUUCGAGGAGGAAAACUAAUGAUCUCCAACACGAGGAAGAGCGACGCUGGCAUGUACGUGUGCGUGGGCACCAACAUGGUCGGGGAAAGGGACAGCGAGACGGCACAGGUCACCGUGUUCGAGCGACCAGCUUUCCUCCGGAGGCCGAUCAACCAGGUGGUGCUGGAGGAGGAGACGGUGGAGUUUCGCUGUCAGGUACAAGGAGACCCUCAACCCAACGUACGCUGGAGGAAAGACGACAUCGAUGUCCGUGGGAGAUACGACACCAAGUACGACAAGGACGACUACGUGCUGCGGGUGAAGAAGGCGUCGGUGAGCGACGAGGGCAUGUUCACCUGUGUGGCGGAGAACCGCGUGGGGAAGCUGGAAGCCUCGGCGACGCUCACAGUCAGAGCUCGCCCUGUCGCGCCGCCCCAGUUCGUCAUCCGCCCGAGGGACCAGAUUGUGGCUCAGGGCCGCAACGCCGCUUUUCCGUGCGAGACCAAAGGGAACCCUCAGCCUGCCGUCUUCUGGCAGAAGGAAGGAAGUCAGAACUUGCUCUUUCCCAACCAGCCCCAGCAGCCCAACAGCCGCUUCUCCGUGUCGCCCAGCGGCGACCUCACCAUCUCAUCUGUGCAGCGGUCAGAUGCCGGUUACUACAUCUGCCAGGCGCUGACCGUCGCGGGCAGUAUCCUCGCCAAGGCUCAACUGGAGGUCACUGACGUGCUCACAGAUCGACCGCCGCCGAUUAUUCGCCAAGGCCCGUCCAACCAGACGCUCGGGGUGGACAGCAUGGCACUGCUGAAGUGCCAGGCGUCGGGAGACCCCAUCCCCUCCGUCAGCUGGCUGAAGGACGGGGUCAGUCUGCUGGGGAAGGACGCGCGCAUGUCUCUGCAGGAGCUGGGCAGCCUGCAGAUCAGAAACAUCAAGCUCUCAGACUCUGGGAUCUACACGUGCGUGGCCACCAGCUCCAGCGGGGAAACGUCAUGGAGCGCUUUCCUGGAGGUCAAAGAAUCAGGGGGACUGACGGUCAUCAAGAGCCAUGAUGAGAACGAGCUUCCAGGUCCGCCGACCAAACCUCAGGUCACUGACGUCACCAAGAACAGCGUGUCCUUGUCCUGGCAGUCGGGGACAGCCGGAGCUUCACCUGUCUCCUCCUUUGUCAUUGAAGCCUUCAGUCAGUCGGUGAGCAACAGCUGGCAAACGGUGGCAGAUCACGUCAAAAACACCCAGUUCACUGUCAAAGGUCUCCGUCCCAACACCAUCUACCUGUUCAUGGUGCGAGCGGUGAACAGCCAGGGCCUCAGUGACCCGAGCCCCAUGUCAGAGCCCGUCAGGACACAAGACAUCAGUCCUCCCGCUCAGGGCGUCGACCACAGGCACGUCCAGAAGGAGCUCGGCGAGGUCAUAGUUCGGCUGCACAACCCGGUCGUCCUGAGUCCCACGACCAUCCAGGUCACGUGGACGGUGGACCGUCAGUCCCAGUUCAUCCAGGGCUACAGGGUUCUCUACAGGCAGACGUCCGGACUGCCCUCGCCGGGGCCCUGGCAGACCCAGGACGUGAAGGUCCCCUCCGAGCGCAGCGUCGUCCUCUCCGCGCUCAAGAAGGGAAUCGUGUACGAGAUCAAGGUCCGGCCGUAUUUCAACGAGUUCCAAGGCGCCGACAGCGAGUCCAGGACGGCGCGGACGACAGAGGAAGCUCCCAGUGCUCCUCCUCAGCAGGUAACGGUCCUGACCGUGGGAAACCAGAACAGCACUUCCAUCAGCAUCUCCUGGGACCCCCCUCCGUCAGACCACCAGAACGGCCUCAUCCAGGAGUACAAGAUCUGGUGUCUGGGGAACGAGACACGUUUCCAUGUCAAUAAGACAGUGGAUGCAGCCAUACGCUCUGUGGUGGUGGGGGGGCUGCAGGUGGGGAUGGUGUACCGAGUGGAAGUGGCCGCCAGCACAAGCGCAGGGGUCGGAGUCAGGAGUGAACCUCAGACCAUCAUCAUUGGUAAGGAGUUCCGGGACGUGAUCAUACACGGGAACCGGAACAACAGCAUCACGGAGCAGAUCACCGACGUGGUGAAGCAGCCUGCUUUUAUCGCCGGGAUCGGCGGCGCCUGCUGGGUCAUCCUCAUGGGCUUCAGCAUCUGGCUGUACUGGAGGAGAAAGAAGAGGAAGGGACUGAGCAACUACGCAGUUCAGUCCUUCACCUUCACCCCUGCAGUGACAUUCCAGAGAGUGGAUGGUGGUCUGAUGAGCAACGGAAGCCGGCCAGGACUGUUGAACGCUGGUGACCCAGGUUAUCCAUGGUUAGCAGACUCUUGGCCAGCCACCAGUCUGCCCGUCAACAGCGGCUCCGGGGGCCCGAACGAUCUGAGUAACUAUGGCCGAGGAGAUCUCCCCUCUGGUCAGGGGGAUAAGACGGGCACCAUGCUCUCGGAUGGCGCCAUCUACAGCAGCAUAGACUUCACCACCAAAGCCAACUACAACAGCUCCAGCCAAACGUCCCAGGCCACUCCCUACGCCACCACUCAGAUCCUCCACUCCAGCAGCAUCCACGAGCUGGCCGUGGACCUGCCCGAGGCCCAGUGGAAGGCCUCGCUGCAGGCCAAGCAGGAGAUGGCCAACCUGGGCUACUCCCUGCCGGACAAGAACUCCUGCAACAACACCCUCCUUUUCAUUCCUGACUACCGAUUGGCCGAGGGAUUGUCUAGUAGAAUACCGCACAACCAAUCACAAGAUUUCAGCACCACCAGCUCUCACAACAGCUCAGAGCGAAGCGGCAGUCUCUCAGGUGGAAAGGGAGGAAAGAAGAAAAAGACCAAGGCCGGAUCCAAAAGCACCAAAGCCAACGGGUCCAGCUGGGCCAACGUCCCCCUCCCUCCUCCCCCGGUUCAUCCUCUCCCUGGCACAGAGAUGGACCAUUAUCCCAACGAGCACCAUGAAGGAGGAGGGUAUGAGAGCGAUGGUUGGGGCCCUGCCAUGCCGGUGCAGACCUACCUCCACCAGGGCAUGGAGGACGAGCUGGAGGAAGAGGAGGAGAGGGUUCCCACGCCGCCCAUCCGAGGAGUUGCGUCCUCCCCCGCCGCCGUGUCCUUCGGGCAGCAGUCCACCGCCACCCUCACCCCUUCCCCUCGGGACGAGAUGCAGCCGAUGCUCCAGGCACAUUUGGACGAGCUGACGAGGGUGUACCAACUGGACAUGGCAAAGCAGACAUGGCACAUGCAAGGAGGAUCUCUUCCUCCACAGGCUCCAGCUCCUCCUGUGGGCUACGUGUCGAGCACAAUGGUUUCUGACCAGGAGACUGACCUGCCUGAUGAUGAGGAGGAGGAGGAGGAGGAGGAGGAGGAUGAAGGCUACGGAGCCAGGCAUCCCCGCGGCAUCGAGCACACACCGGGGUCGAGCAUGGACAACCUGGACAGCUCUCUAACAGGGUCCAUGGUGAAUGGGUGGGGCUCGGCCUCGGAGGACGACCGUUAUUUCUCCAGCCAUAGGUCCAGUUUGGGCAGCUCGUCCGACGGCUCCAUCUUUACCCACUGCAGCUUUGCCCAGGCCCUGGUGGCCGCUGCAGACAAAGCAGGCUACCGCCUGGAGGGCACCAGCCUCACCAAGAGAGGUAAAGGCUUGUCCCACCGGCCCCGGCCCAGCAGUCCGUUCUCGACAGAUGGCAGCACAGUCGGCACACACAGCCUGGGCCACCAGAGAGCCGCGAGGCCCACGCGCAAACCCCGCAGCCAGGGCACGGCACCCCAUCGGAGGGACCCUGGUGCAGACGAUCUACCUCCUCCACCUGAGCCUCCGCCCAGUCAGGGCCAGAACCGCAUCCAGGGCGCCCGCAGCAUUAGCAGCAUGGUACCGGCUACAGAAAGGAAGGCCACUUCUCUGGAGCGUCCGCCCAUGUCGGGACCUCUGUGCGGCCCGGACGACAUGAAGAGCUCCAUGGACAGGCAGACGCGCACUACUCUGGAAAACCACCGAUCCAUGGACCGGGCUGAAGACGGACGUAGAGGACACAGGACAGAGGAGGGGUGCCUGCCAUACAGUAAGCCUUCGUUCCCCUCCCCUGGUGGUCACAGCUCCUCUGGCACAGCCUCCUCCAAAGGCUCGACGGGGCCACGGAAGGGCGAGGGUCCGCGACAGCCGCAGCAGUGGACCGUAGUCGAGCACGCUGACUUCCUGGGGACCAGUGGGCCAUACUCCGGGGAGUUAUCGUGAUCUGCCUGUGACGCGAACCCGGACAGAAAACCUCGUCCAGUCUCGUCCACAGGAGGACGACGGCCUCAUUGU